CUUCCUUUGCGUUGGAUGCCGGCUCCGGGACGCGCAAUCGCGCGGAAUUUUCCUGCUAACUUCUUCUGCAAUACUACAAGGCAAGUCACGGAUCCCGUUCAUCGUCUUCCUUCCUUGGGUCGUCGCGUUGGACCGAUCGAAGCUUCCAAUGACCGCCAGGCGGGCCCGGGACGUUACGGCGAGAGGAAAGCGGCCGCGCACCCAUUAAAAGCACCUUAGGCAGGGCAGCCGUUCCUGAAUCCUGAGCGGCGGCGGUCGUGGUCGUGACUCGCUAGCUUCCGAGCUCGGAGUUGAGCGUUCACGCCGGCGGGAUGGCGGGGCACUCGCAGGCCAUGGUCGAGAAGAUGCAGCUGCGGCAGGGCUACCGCAACGUCUGGCACACCGACCUCACCAACGCCGUCGCCGCGGACCUCCCAUGGUGCUGCCUGUCGCUGUGGUGCGGCCCCUGCGUUUCCUACAUGCUGCGCAGGCGCGCGCUCUACAAUGACAUGUCAAGAUACGUGUGCUGCGCCGGGUACAUGCCGUGCAGCGGCAAGUGCGGCGAGAGCCAGUGCCCCGAAGUCUGCCUCGCCACCGAGGUGUUCUGCUGCUUCGGCAACUCGGUGGCGUCCACCCGGUUCCUGCUGCAGGACGAGUUCAACAUCCAGACGACGCAGUGCGACAACUGCAUCAUCGCCUUCAUGUUCUUCCUGCAGCAGCUCGCCUGCAUCUGCUCCCUCGUCGCCUGCAUCGUCGGCAACAGCGAGCUCUCCGACGUCGCGCACGUCAUCUCCUGCAUGUCUAACCUGGUCUACUGGACGGUCUGCUCGUGUAUGCAGACGCAGCACAAGGUGGAGAUGGACAAGAGGGACGGCACGUUCAACACCAUGUCUGCACCUCCGAUGCAGGAGAUGUCACGCUGGUAAAGGUGCGAGUGACAUGUCGCGCUUCCAUCAGCAGGUGCAGCAGCCUCAAGACAGAUACGGAUAUAAGUAGCUACGAACCAUCUUGUCAGGAGGAGGAUGAAAUUUUCAGGAGAAGGAAUAGAGAGACAAAAUAGAUAUGGAUUCAGUCUCCUGUUUGUUUGGGUGAUUUUCGUGUUCCAAGCGAGUUUUUGAGUUGUGAUUUCUGAACAUUGAUCCUCGUCUUUUCUGUUCCUGACACAUACGGUACUUCAUAGCAAUAAGAUGAGGCAAUGAGACUGCAUUUGCAGUUCUCCACGAUAAAAAUUGCUUUGAUUGCUCGCC